GUCUUGCGUCACGGCCGCGUUGGGAAGUGUCCUCCGGGCUCGGAGCUUCCCGGCUGGAGCGUCCGGUGUGCGCGGGGGGAAGGCGUGAGCUCUGUGCCAGGUGUCCGUGCAGCCCCGCGUCGGUCGGGAGGAAAGGACUAAAGAUUAGAUUAUAGGAAAAGUAGAAGCAAUGUUUCGAAGACCUGUAUUGCAGGUGUUUCAUAAAUUUGUAAGACAUGAGUCUGAAGCAGUAAGCAGCUUGGUUCUGGAAAGAUCUCUGAAUCGUGUGCAGUUACUGGGGCGAGUUGGUCAGGAUCCUGUCAUGAGACAGGUGGAAGGGAAAAACCCAGUCACAAUAUUUUCUCUAGCAACAAAUGAAAUGUGGAAAUCAGGAGAAAGUGAAGCAUACCAAAUGGGUGAUGUCAGUCAAAAGACAACAUGGCACAGAAUUUCAGUAUUCCGACCAGGCCUCAGAGAUGUGGCAUAUCAGUAUGUGAAAAAGGGGUCUCGAAUUUAUGUGGAAGGGAAAGUAGACUAUGGUGAAUAUAUGGAUAAAAAUAAUGUGAGGCGACAAGCAACAACAAUCAUAGCUGAUAACAUUAUAUUUCUGAGUGACCAGACAAAAGAGAAGGCAUAGAGCGGACCAUUCUUCUUUGGCCAGUGUUUGGUAUAGUCUCAUUUCCAAAUCAUGUAUAGUCUUUAUAGUUUCUAAGGACAAAAAUUAAAAUAUUAUUUUAUAUAAAAUGAUAAUAUUUCUCCUUUCUCCUGACUGUUGCUCUCCACUCCUCUUUUUGUGCCAUCAACCUUGGUAGUUGCUGUCUAAUGCGACAUUCACUAAUUGUUUAUUCUUUUAGGGGUGGUUUCUAUGUACAAGUAUACAGAAUAGUGAAUUGUCAGGUUCAUCUGCACUAUAGCAGAGGAAUAAUGUCCUUUGGGAAGACCUCUUGUUUUUUGUGCGCAUUUCUGUUAUAGUAUUGAUUCAGUAUUAACUGAGCAUCAUUAUAUGUUAGGCAUCUAUCUCCCUGUUGUAAAUAUUGAUUUUCUUAGCUGUUUACUCUGUGUGCCUGUACUUGAACCAGAGCUUGGCAUAGAACAGACAGUGGAUAAGUCUUGACAGAUGCAUGAUCCCAAUGGGAUAUUCAGCUUUAGCCCAAAGUGAAGGGAGUUGCUGAGCAGGUUGGUAUCCAACCUGCCUUCUUCAAAUCUUUUGUUUGUGGACAGUUUCAAUAGUAGCAUUUAUGAAAUGAAGUUGACUAGCAAUAAAGACCUGAAAUAUAGCUAGGGGUGAAGUAGUUCAUCUCCAGGGGAUGGUACAGGGCUCUGGUUCUGAUUCUCUUUCCUUUUAUUCUCAUUCAGAACUCUCAGGGAAGUCCCCUGACCAACCUUUGACCUUGCCUCCCUAGGUUGGAGCCUGAGUAUGACAUUUUCCUUUCCUUUUUCCACAUGGUCUGGAUGCACAUAUACAUAAGAGAAACUUGUGUACGUGCAGAAAAUUGUGUGCUUUUAUUAUAAGGUUCUGGAAAUUACAGAGUACUAAUAAUUUACUAACAAGGAUCAGAUGAAAUAAACAUAGCUUUUCAGUGCA